AUGGAUCGUUCGGCAUCGUCCUCUCUUCCACCGCAGACUUCCAAUGCCAACUUGAGCCGGAGCGCCUCCCUUCCUCGCAGCCAAUCCCAGAACCACCGACGGCGGCAGCAGCAGCAGCAGCAGCAGCAGCAGCAGCAGCAGCAGCAGAAACAGCACCGACAGGAAUACAAUCUCCAUCACGACGCUUCUCGGGCUCCCCUGGCAGGUGCAGGCAGAUUCACCGAGGAGUGGGACGCCAGCCAGCGCGGCAGCUCCAUCCUCGACGAGAGCUAUCAGUCCAAUCCCGCCGCCAUGCAGCGCUCCAAUUCCGUGCACAGCUUCGCUGCUGGCGAUGAUCACCAGCUGCCGGUGCGAAACAACACGCUCCGCAAGAAGUCAUCCAUGAGACGGACCAGCAGUCUCAGGCGCAGUAGCAGUCGCCGCAGCAGCAGACCCGGUAGUGUCAGGAGUUUGGCCCUGCAUUCCGUCUCGGACCCGGACGACGCCCACAGCGCAUUUUACUGCCCAAUCCCCACGUCUGGCGCUCCGACUGAUGUCCUUGCCAACAGAUUCCAGACCUGGAGAAAAGUUCUCAAAGACUUGAUAUCCUACUUUCGUGAGAUCCAAUCGCACUACGAGCAGCGGUCCAAAGCCCUCGUCAAGCUUGCCAACGUUGCAAAUACUAUCUCGGCUCCCCCUCACUUUCUUCGAUCUGCCGGUAUUGACGAUGCCCUGCAAUUUCUUCGCAACUACAACAAGGCUGCCAUUCAAGAAGCAAACAAGUCCAAGGAAAUUGAAGAGGAUGUCAUCUUGGCCUUGACAGGGUUGAGAAGCGAUCUCCAGCUGAAAAUCAAGGAAAUCAAGCAUUUAUCUGGAGACUUCAAGAACUCGGUGGAUCGCGAGAUGGAGGGCACCUCCAAAGCCGUUCGUGCUCUCGCUGAUGUGCUCGACAAGACGGACCUUGACUCGGCAUCUACAACCGGGAAGCAAGAUCCCUAUUUGAUGCGCCUUGCCGUUGACCGACAGGUCGAGCGCCAGAUAGACGAAGAGAACUACCUUCACCAGGCGUAUUUGAACCUUGAAGGCUCUGGUCGUGAACUGGAGUCAAUUGUUGUUGGAGAAAUCCAAAAGGCCUACAAUGCGUACGCGGGCAUUCUUAAACGCGAAGCCGACAAUGCCUAUGCGGUGGUGGAUGAGCUGCGCGAAGGUCCCAUUAGCAUGCCCAAGGACCAAGAAUGGAUUCAUUUCGUCACUCAUGAUGACCAGAUUGUCGACCCCACCGUUCCGAUGCGAUCCGCUGAUCAGAUCCAUUAUCCCGGCCAGGAUCACGUCUCGGCACAGGAGAUUCGAGCCGGGCUUUUGGAGCGCAAGAGCAAGUACUUGAAGAGCUACACUGCCGGAUGGUAUGUCCUUUCAACGACACACCUCCACGAGUUCAAAUCGGCGGACAAAGCACAAGCUCCGGUCAUGUCACUCUACCUGCCCGAGCAGAAGCUUGGCUCCCAUUCGAAAGAGGGCGGCUCAUCCAACAAGUUCAUUCUCAAAGGGCGGCAAACUGGCACUAUGCACCGCGGGCACACCUGGGUUUUUAGAGCCGAGAGUCAUGAUACUAUGAUGGCAUGGUACGAGGACAUCAAGGCCCUGACCGAGAAAAAUCCCGAAGAACGAUUUCAGUUUGUUCGCACUCACUCUCGAAGUUUGAGCCGAUCAUCCCGUCGAUCCGUAAGCAGCGAUGGCAUCGUCGACGAAGACGACGAGGAGCCGUUCUCUGCAAAUCAAAUGGACGUUGACCCAGAGCCACGAGAGGACAUGGUUUCCCGACGGCCUCAGCCAGGUGGGCGGUUCCCAUCAGAUCUUCAAAUCAACGCACAGCGUGGCUUACAGGCGCCACAAUCGCCUUCUAGUGUAAGCUCCGGCCACCAGGAUCAUUCUUCGGGUGCCCAACCCCAUGCGGCCGCGGGAGCUCCGCCUGUCGCUGCCGUUGUGGCCGGGCAAGAAGACCAUCAACGUCUACGCCAUGAUGAGGAGCACCACAUGGGUUACGGAGGCACCAAGCAAACUCCAGUAACAGAUGUGCCAUCUCAAGCUGCCAUGGCAAGUCAGCAGGGGCAUCAUGACGGCGUGAAUCCAUACAUGCGUGAACGACUAUCCCAUCCGUCAAACCAAGACGGCGGGUAUUUCGCCGGCGCUGUCGUGGGCUCACAAGGACAUCAAGUACCCCACGACCCCGACGGCAAAGCCACCAACGCUGCUCCUGAAGCCUCCGAGCUUCCGAAUGCACCAGCUCUGCAAACUGUAGAUACCAGGCUCGACAACCCAAGUAACGGCGAAGUGGUGGGGAACACUCCCAACGCAACAGAAAAGAACGGCCAAGGUUACGUUAAUGGUCACGCGACGGGCGACAGGAUAAGUCCCGUUGUAUUGGCAUCCAAUAAUAUUCCUAGAUCUGAAACUCAACGGGAGUUGGCCCUCCAAGCAAGGCCCGAAGCAAACGCCGCCAAACAUACCACCCCGGCCGAGGCUUGGUUGGGACAGAACGUCAAAUCGAAGAGAGACGCUGACAACGGGACGGAAAGCGUUGCCACCAUUUCGAACUUGUCCAUUCCCGGGAAAUUUCCAAAGGGCAGCGGUGUGGCCUCGCCCUAA